AGGAGGCAUUAGCCUCCUACGCCACUCAGGCUCCUAUUUAUUCUGCUUUCUGAAAUCUAGGUUGCGUGUAUGAUCCUGGAUUCCAGCCUGUAGAUGUACAGAAUAGAAAAGUGCAAAAUACAUUUUCCAUACUGGGUAGUUUUGCAUAAAACAAUUGAUACAUUCGAUGAAAGCAUUCGUUUUGCUCUUGCCUUUUGGUGAAAGUAAACCAAAAGUGGUGAUGGAGAUGAAACAACAGAAAUUUAAACACAACUAAAUAAACACAGUGGAUUUCAGAAGGAACCAUUGCAGAAUCUCAGGCUAGUACUUGAGAUAAGAAUUUGCAUAAUUCCCAUAAGUAUCUUGUCAGUCAAUCCAAGGGCUGUUUAAAUUGUUGACUUAUUAUAAAGCUGGUCUUAAAGGAAUUAUUUUACUCUUCUGCUGCACUUCACCUGGAAGCGUUUGAAAUAACAGUAGCUGCUUCAGUUCCAUGAAGAAAUUAACUUCUCCCUUGAAAAAAGAGAUGAAUAAGACAGUAUGCUCUUUGUUCAUAUCCCACAUACAUGUGAAAUAUGUGAACCUGACACUGAGGAGAAUAUCAAGUGGAGUGGAAAACCCCAAGCAAUGAUAAAAAUGAUUGGGGCAAAUGAUAACUUCCCCUGUUUACAUUCAAGAAGUAUCCAUAUACGAAGUAAUUGGUGUCAGUGGGUAUCAAGGUUGAGAUUUAGAAAUCAGAAAAUAUUCAAAUGGCAAUGCUAUUAGAAAAAGGCAAGGCUUUAAGAAUUAUUUUCUUCACUUUUUAGGCUGCCUAGGAUAAAUUGGCUGGUCUCUCUUUCACUUUGCUUGUUAUUCCCUCAGCUUAUGCUGAUAAAAAUGAUUGGGAGUGCGCAAGCCACUGAAUUCAUAUCACAGCUACGAAUUUCUCUCAUAUUUUAUCUCCCACAUUCUUCAGCCUGUUUACUUACAUUUUUCCAUAUGGUGACUUUGGAAAAUUCCUUCCUGCAUAAAAAAGGACAGGAAAUUCUCUUUGGUGGAGAAGUUGCUUUCUCUUUCUCUCUCUCUCUCUCUCUCUCUCUCUCUCUCCCCCCUUCCUUUCUAGUUGUGCUGAUCACAUCUGGAAAGCCUCUGAUUCGGGAAAGGGGGAAAGUGUUCGGCACUCGGCGUGUAUAAUUGCCAUGGCAUGAGCAAACGGAGCCUUUGGUGGGGGGGACCAGAGAGACAUUUUUUUUCCAGACACUUCCAUCACUGUCCACAAAGUUGAGUGGAAAUGUACCUGAAGAUCCUAUUCCUGUUUCCAGUGCUGUGGCUAUUGGUACUUAACUCCAGCAGGAUUCAAGGCCAGAACAACGAAGACAGCAACGAGUUCCCAGAACAUUCUCCUGAGCUGCUCAAUCAUCAAGAUACUUCCUUGGCUCCAGAUUGUCCGAAAAAAUGCACGUGCACCUCAGAAGGAAUUGUGGAUUGUGGUGGAUUUUCAUUGAAAGAAUUCCCCAUGGAUGUCCCAGAAAUGACAAGCCACCUUUCCUUACAGAACAACCAGAUAGAAACAAUCAUUCCAGAACAGCUUGCACGUCUCCCCUGGCUAGAAACACUGAAUUUACAAAACAACAGACUCACAUCCAAAGGGCUUCCAGAGAAUACAUUUGACCAGCUGGAGAAUUUGAAUUACCUGUACCUUGCAAAUAACCAGCUCACAAUGGCUCCAAAGUUCCUUCCACAGACUUUGAUCAGUGUGGAUUUUGCCGCCAAUAAUCUCACAAAAAUUUAUGAUCUCACUUUUGGACAAAAACCAAACCUGAGGUCAGUCUACCUUCACAACAAUAAGCUUGAUGAUGCUGGACUACCAGAAAACAUGUUCAACGGUUCUGACAAUGUGGAAAUCUUAAUCAUGUCCAGCAAUUUCUUAAAAUAUGUUCCAAAGAAUCUACCACGAGCAUUGUAUAAGCUACACCUUAAGAAUAACAAAUUGGAGAAGAUUCCUGUAGGAGCUUUCAAUGAGCUGUCAGAUCUUCGAGAGUUAUAUUUGCAGAACAAUAAAUUAAACAAUGAGGGGAUGGACAAUGAAACCUUUUGGAAACUCUCAAGACUCGAGUACCUGGAUUUGUCUAGCAAUAAUCUUUCCAAGAUUCCACCCGGUUUGCCUCGAAACAUUGUUCUUCUCCACUUAGAGAAGAAUGCAAUAAGAUCAAUUGGCAAUGAUGUCUUGACCCAAAUCAAGAACCUGGAAUAUCUUCUGCUUCACAAUAACAAACUCAAGGCCCGAGAGAUCCAUCCACUGGCUUUUCAUGGUCUGAAGAAAUUGCACACUGUUCAUUUAUAUAACAACCUGCUGGAAAAAAUCCCCAGUGGACUGCCCAGGCGAGUAAAAACUCUUAUGAUUCUCUACAAUCAGAUUUCAGAAAUCGGCAGGGAGGAUUUUGCUACCACUUAUUUCAUGGAGGAACUCAACCUGAGCUACAAUAAGAUCACCAGCUCACAGAUUCAUCGGGAGUCUUUCCGUAAACUGAAACUACUGAAGUCCUUGGAUUUUUCUGGCAAUAAACUCCGCACCAUGCCUUAUGGCUUCCCCAAGAAUUUGCAAAGCCUCAAGUUAAAAAUGAAUUUGAUCAGUUCCAUUCCCAAAGGCACACUCUCUGGCAUGUCAAAGCUACAGGAGCUAUAUCUCAGCGCCAACAAAUUGAAAAACAAUUUAAUUCACAGUGGAUCAUGGAGAGAUCUCACCAGUCUUAAGAUACUGGACAUGGCUGCCAAUCAUCUGACUUUGAUUCCAUCUGGUUUACCAGAAACUCUAGAAUAUCUAUAUCUCCAGAGCAACAAGAUCAGCACUGUGCCAGAAGAUGCCUUUGAUUCCACCCCCAAUAUCAAGGGAAUUUAUCUCAGGUUUAACAAGAUUGCAUUCAGUGCUGUGAAAGAGAGCACCUUCCAAAGACUGAAGCAUCUGCAAGUGCUGGACAUUGAAGGAAAUUUUGAAUUCAGUGACCCCUUGAAAAAUGAAGAUCACUCAGAGGAGGAAAUAGAGGAAGAGGACUAACGGGAAGUGGCAUUUACCUGAAAACAAAUCUUUGCUGACCCAAGCGUAUCACAUGGCAGAAAAUUAAGUUAAACGCUUUUCUAAGGACACACAUAAAUUAUCUCAUUUACUCAACCCACGCAUCUGUGACAAAAACAAAGCUCUUUAUGGCCCCAUCCCAUGAAUGGCUAAGUUAGCAAACAAACAUAUAGUUCACAAGUCUGCCAAUCAUUAUAAUUGGUAACACCACAGAUGAACAAGUGAUAAAGAUAGUAUAUCUGCAUUGGCCAGCAGUAUCACAUCCAUUAUGGAUUUAAGGUACCUCAUACCAUCGGCCCAUGAUGGCGAACCUAUGGCAUGCGUGGCCAGAGGUGGCAUGCAGAGCCCUCUCUCGUGGCACACGCACAGUCGCCCCAGGUCAGAUCUCUGUGGCAUUUCUUUCGUGAGCUUCUGUUUUCCUGCAAAUGCCGAAACAGAAGCUCACGAAAGAAAAAGAUCUUACCUUUUGCCGUGCUGCUAGUGUUGGGAUGCUCCGCCUCCUGCUGGCGAGCUGGUCUUUGGGUCUCUGCUGCAUAUGCAUGCAUGCCCAUGCAUGCAUGCGCAAGCGUAUGCAUAUCCACACAUGUCUGUGCAUGUCCAUGCAUGCUCACAUGCACGCACACACACCUUUCAGUUUGGGCAUGCAUGUGCGCAGUUUGGGCAGUCGGUGUCUAAAAGAUUCAUCACCACUGCCAUAGGCUGAUUCUGCACUGAUAGGUUCUGGAUUUUGUGGCUCAGAUAUAUCAUAUUUACUUGAUAGGAAGACAAAGUGUGUGUUUUUUUGAUCUGAAUAAUUACCUGUAUAUUGGAAUGGAGGAUGUCUCAGCAUAGAGAUUCUCCUUUCAAAGGAGCAAACAAUGAAAUGAAAUUGGUAGUAAUUAAUUAAUCUCACUGCACCCUCUCGUCAGUUCUGCACAAUAUAGGUAUAUAUUCUCCUCCAUUCUUAUAGGAAAAAUAAUUCCUCAUCCCUCUGAAAAAUCUGAUGACAUCACCAUCUCAUUGUGGCCUCCCAGGAUGAAAAAUGCUAACCCUGUCCAGCUGCAUUUACUCUAGUGCUGACAUCUACAACAUUUUUAAAGAAUCGUAUCAAUGACCAAACUUCAGAAACAGACAACCAGUGGACAUCUCUAUACUGCUAAAUUAAAAUACUGUAUGACUUAUCAUCUGCCACCUUAGUUAAGGUGAUAGAAAUUGCAAUUCAUUGUCAUCCGGAGAGCCACAUUGACUAUUGCUUUAGCUGUAAAAUGGUUAAAUAUAUGAGUUACUUUGGCUAUGUGCAUUUCAAAGUAUCAUUCAUUCUGAGUCACUGAGUAGAUCUGGCUUUAUAAAAUUUAAACAAAUUACUAGUACGGUCAUCUUUCAAGCGUCUGAUUCCUAUCUGCAAUCUGAAACUCUUAUUUGGCAGAUUGUAUUUUGAAUGGUAGCCACCGAUUGUGAUAAAAGUGAAAUAAACUAUUUCCUCCCUACAGAUUUAUAGCAUUGCUGGAGCAACAAAUCAUUAAUAAAAUGCUCUAAUGAGCAUUUAGUGAGCAAAUGGCCAAAUAAAUUCUAGGGUGGGAUAAAUGGUAAUGAUUACAUAAAUAACAUUUUGAUUUCAUAUUCAUCAGGAACUAAUUCAGCAAAAUGGAAUGUCUCUUUGGACUGUCUAUCUGUCUCAGUCUGAUUCGUCUUGAUGGUCCAUAAAGAUACAAAGCACUUAAGAGGAAAUGCAACAAAUCUUAUGAAAGUAUUCAGUCUUUCUAAUCCUUUGCCAAGCUUAGCCAAGACAGUUUGCUAAUAUCAGAGCAGUGGGUGACCCUCCUCUAGUCUUAUUACUUGUACUACUUUUUUUUUUCUUGGAUCAUUGUGGUGUUGUGAGAAUUUACAAAAGCUGGCUUUUGUUUCCUUAAAAAAAAAAAAAAACAACCCACCAUUUUUACUUGUUAAUAAAAGGUAGACUCUGUAGAGUUAAGGGCCCAAUCCAAGGUUACUGAGUCAAUGCAUUUCAUCAAACAGCUAUACUCAUCCAUGUAAGAUGGGAGUACAUGUCCGUUAGCUUCAUUGUAAAUCCAGUGUGCGGCAUCUCAGCCCUUAAGUGGCACCACAGUCAACACAGCCACAUUGGACACUUGCUCAGUAUGUAUAUAUUUGGAUUUUUAAAAAAGAAAUUCUAUUAUGGCUGGAUCCCAUUUUUCUUUUUAAUUUAUCCCCAUUCCCAAAGCCAGAAAUACAACUCUACCUGAAGACUUAAAAUACCAACUUAUUCUGUUUUGUGAAAAUUAAAGUAUAUGUUUGCCUUGGA